UUGAAACAAAUAUUCAGUCAUGUCAGUCCAUCCACCAGUCAAUGAACAGGGCUCCAUUGUCAGAGUUCCCCGACUUUCAAACGCUGGUACUCGUCGUGGUAGUUUUCAGCCGUACCCUAGAGGCUCAAAGCUUUCACGUCAGCUACAACAGCCCCAUGUCACACUUGUUGAAUAUAAGACAGCUCGAUUUUUGAUCACAGAUGAACCUAAUGCACACAAUAUGGAAAAUUUUGUCAUGGCUUUUAAACUGCACAAUGUACGCAAAUUGGUUCGAGUAUGCAAAGCUACUUAUGAUAAAGAACCACUUGAAGCUGCUGGAAUUGAAGUUGUGGAUCUUGAAUAUGAUGAUGGUGCACCGCCUCCAGACCCAGUUAUUGACAAAUGGUUCCAAUUAAUUACAGAUGUAUGUCAACAAGGUCCUGGAAGUUGUAUAGCUGUACACUGUAAAGCUGGACUUGGCAGAGCUCCUGCACUAGUUGCUGCUGCUUUAAUUGAACUUGGCUUGCCGUACGAUGAAGCAGUUGAAAUGAUUCGUGAACAAAGAAAUGGAGCUUUAAAUGCUCGUCAAGUUCAAUAUUUGAAAAAUUUCCAUCCAAAAAAACGUCUUCGAAAUAUUAAAUCACAAUCGGAUCGAUGUAAUCUAUUAUAACCUUGUUCAUAAUGAAAAUCCCAAUGUUCGUCUAUUUUCAUCGAUAAACAUUGUGGUUUAUUGUAUUUACUGUUAUUAUUAUCAUUUACUUUUAUUAUCAUUGUUGUUAUUAUUAUUAUUAUUAUUGUUGUGCAAUUAUUAUUCUUUCAAGAUUUCGACAUCGAUAUCAGAACAUUUCAUCUCGCCGCCCCAUGGCCUCCUAGCGUGUGUGUGUGUGUGUAUGCAUAAUUUACCCAGUGUAAUGUAUUAAUUUACUUUGUUACUUUUGGUUUGCCUCUGUGUGUGUGUGUGCUUUCAGUCAAUUUGCCUUCUUUCAUUUCUGUCUUUUUUCUACAUGACAUGACAUUAUUAUUUCCCAGAUUCAUAAAUAAAUAGAGUCAAUUGUAAAACAAUGAAAA